AUGAUUCUGUUGCAAGAUGAAGGUGUCCUUAAAGCCUACAUGAACAUCAUGGUUAAUCCAGUUUACACACCACACCUUGAUCACGAUGAGCCUCCACCAAAUUGCCAAGAGUUAAUAAAGAGCGAAAAAAGCGAACUGCUUCCAAUGGGUGAUGAUAAUAAAGAGAUAACCGAGCAGGAUAUGGAAAAGCUAACUGAUCAACGAAUGCUUGCUGAAAGGCAUUUAAUGAAAUACUGUUUUCUUAAACUGUUCUGUCUAGGUGUUAAAAAUCAUUUUUAA